GCGGCGUGACGUAACUUCGCGGCGCGACGUAGCGCUUGGGAGGAGGAAGAUGGCGGCCUCCAUAGAGCAGUUGUUGAGCUCACUGUCUAAUCUGGAGGACCCCAUAGAGGGGCUGAGGAGCCUGAAGACCGCCGCCCUUACCCUGCCGCUCAGCACCCUGACAGAGCGGCUCCCUGCCAUCCGCCUGGAUGCCGUGUUCCGUCUCAUGGCCAGUCAGAACAGAGAACAAGUGGAUCUGUGUGUUGCAAUUUUGGAGCGAUUCCUUCAGGCCUUGGAACCAAUUUACAUUGCCCAAAACUAUAAAGAGGACCUGCAGAGAGGACUUUAUCAUCCAGAUGAUUCAGUGAAGUUGCUGGCAAUAUCACAGGCCGGGAGAAUUGUGGAGUGUUCAGAGGCUAUAACAGAGAUCCUCAACAAUCUGGAGCUUCUGAAACAAAUCAUCAUGUGUAUUGGUGGUGACAAGAUUGCUGUGGCCAAAGAGGCUAUUAAAUCCCUUUCUAAAAUCGCCCGAACUACAGUUGGCCUUGAUGUUCUCUUUGGAAGCAACUUGUUAGCCAGCCUAAAAGCUGUAUCGGCCUUCAGUGAUGUGGUACGAUAUAGAGUAUAUGAGUUGAUGGUGGAGAUCUCAUCUGUGUCAGCAGAGUCUCUCAACUUCUGUGCAAACAGUGGAAUCUUAUCACAGUUGCUGGAUGAGCUCACUGGGGAUGAUGUGCUGGCCAGAGUGGCCUGCACCGAGAUGGUCACGGCUCUAGCUGCCACACUUCAUGGACGCCAGUACUUGGCACAGGAAGGACUCAUCGACAGAAUAUCUAACAUGAUCCUUGGAGCUGAUUCUGACUCUUUCUCUGGACUUUAUUUGCCAGGCCUGGUGAAAUUCUUUGGGAAUCUGGCUGUUCUGGACAGUCCGCAGCAGAUCUGUGAGCAUUACCCUGCAUUCCUGCGGAAAGUCUUUGAAAUGGUAGAGGGUCAUGAGACAUCAAUGAUCGGAGUGGCUGUGGACACACUGGGAAUUCUAGGCUCCACCGUGGAAGGGAAACAAGUUCUGCAGAAGACUGGCACCAGGUUUAACAACGUUUUUAAGAGAAUUGGGCACCAUGCAAGAAACGCUCCCACAGAGCUGAGAGUGCGAUCUUUAGACUCUAUCUCUUCCCUCCUGUUCCUACCAGAAGAUCACCACACUGAAGAUCUUCUGGCCAUGUCAGAAUCUUGGUUUGUGUGUCUGUCUAAUCAGCCAAUGGAUUUGUUCCGCAGCAUUGCCACCCAACCCUUCCCUGAACUGCACUGUGCUGGACUGAAGGUUUUCACUGCCAUCGCCAACCAGCCUUGGGCACAGAAACUAAUGAUUGAAAGCCCUGGAUUUAUAGAAUACAUUGUAGACAGAACUGUGGAUCCAGACAAAGAUUCAAAGGAUGCCAAAUUUGAUCUUGUAAAAGCUUUGGUGAAGUCUAAAACAAUAGCAGAAGUCUUUGGAAAUCAGCAUUAUUUGAGGCUGCGUGCCUAUCUGCGGGAAGGAGCCUACUAUGUAAAAGCCAUUUCUACUGUGGCCGUUGAAGGAGCAGAAUAGGUAACACCUAUUGUGGAGGAAAGCAGCAGUGAGUCCUCUUCCAACCACUUAGUUUUGGUUUGGUGUUACAAAGAUUAAUCCAGUUCCAGUGACCAAAA